AUGUUGAAGUUAAAAGAUUUAGACAAUCUUGAUGAUGGUGGUCUGUGGGAGAAGCUGAAGAAGGAGAGUGAAGUAGGGACUCAUGAUGAAAGCCAACGGCAAAACAAGCUAUAUGUGAUGGUGUUGUUAGGGUUUAUAGAUUACUGUGCAAGGAAGAAGAAGAAGAUGAUCGUUGAGAAAAAAGGCAUCAAGCGUCGCUUCAGAACUGGAUUUGGAAGCAAAAGUCCUUCUGUUGAAGAAGAAAACGAAGACUACUGGAUUAGGGAGCAAAAGAAGCAGAAGACAAGCGAUGGCAAGAAGCAAAAGCCUGGCAGUGGGAAGAAGCAGAAGCAGAAGCACAAGACAGGCAGUGAGAAGAAGCAAAACCAGAGAAAGGGUACCGACCCAUUCACAGAGCUUACUGCAUUAGGUUUAGAACCACCCCCUGACAUGCCUCAAGCGUUCAAGAAUCGUAUCGAAAACUUGGGUGGGACUGACAUAAAGCUGGUUACACAGAAGUUCAUAAAGCCUACUGAUUUGAAUCCGGGGCACAAUCGCUUGUCAAUGACAUUGAAACAAGUUAGGAGUAAGUUUUUGAGUGAAGCUGAGGACGAAAAAUUGAAGAAUAAUCAGGGAAUGGAUGUUAUAUUGGUAGAACCAUGUCUUGAGGUAUCUAGAGUGCACUUGACCAAGUGGCUCAUCGGAGGAAGCUUUGCAUAUGUUUUCAAGACUCAGUGGAAUCAAAUUGUCAGGAACAAUGCUGAUACUCUCAAGCCAGAGGCGGUUGUACAAAUUUGGUCAUUUCGAGUUGGACCUGAAUCACAGCUUGGUUUUGCCAUGAUCAAGGUUAAAGAUGCGAAGGAGGUCUCUGAAAUUAAUUAG